AUGGCUCUGGAUACCUUUCAGCUCGGAAAUCUCGGGCUUCGUCUCGUCAAUGACGGUGGUUUUCGCCUGGAUGGCGGCGCCAUGUUUGGGGUUGUCCCAAAAUCUCUUUGGGCAAAGAAGAAGCCGGCCGACGAGCAGAAUCGGAUCUCUAUGGUGACCAAUUGCCUGCUGGUGGAGAAGGGCGACGAGUUGCUGUUAGUGGAUACUGGAAUUGGCGACAAGAAUGACGCCAAAUUCCGCCGUAUCUUUGGUUUGGAGGAAGAUGCCGUCCGGUUGCCGGAGCAGAUUCGGCAGGCCGGCUACCAACUAGGAGACAUCACCCAUGUGUUGCUCAGCCACCUCCAUUUCGACCAUUGUGGAUGGAACGCUCGGGAGGUUGGCGGCAAAUUAGUACCGACUUUCCCCAACGCCCGGUACUGGCUGCAGCGGGGAGAGGUGGAACACGCUAGAAACCCCAACGCCAGGGACCGAGCGAGCUAUGACCCUCGUAAUUGGGAACCCCUGUUCGAGGCUGGAGUGGUGGAGCUCUUCGAUCAGGAAGGCGUCCCCCUUCGGUGGCGUCCGGGCGGAGACGGAGAAAAGGGGAUCUUCUUGGCAGACCUGGUACCGACGGCAGCCCACGUCCCCUUUCCUUGGAUCAUGGGCUACGAUCUCUAUCCCUUGACGACUCUGGAGAACAAGCGGCAGCUGCUUCCCCAGGCGUUGGAAGAGGGUUGGCUAUGUAUUUUCGAGCAUGACCCGGACUUGCCGUGGGGGCAUCUCCUAGAGACGGCGCCAGGACGCCUGGCGGCGGUACCCCUUGCCGGAGUUUGA